AUUUCCUGAGCAGGGAAGGAAUGCUACAAAUGCUUGAAUCCUAAUGGCGGAGAUGGUCAGUUCUGCGGUUGUCCAGGAGACAGUUAGCCAAAUCCUAUCCGGUCUUGUUUGCAAGUAUGAGGGGAAAGAGAAAUCAAAUGCAAAUGAAAACUUGGAGAGGCUGGAGAUGGCGCACAUCAAGUUGGAGGCUGCUCUUGAGAUAUCCAAUAAGUGGUUGAUCACCGACGCAUCGUUGUUGCGUUGGGGCAAGAAGCUGAAACGUGCUGCUCAAGAGUGCAACGACACACUGCACAGAUGCAAGCAGAGAAUCAUAGAAGAAGAGCAGAUGGAAAAGGAAGUGAGUACAUCUUCCUUUCCUAAACGUAUAGCACAUACUACCAAGUCAUUUGUUUUCUCCAUGUUUAGCCGCAACAACGACGAGUUGAGCAGAUCCAUUGUUCGAAGAUUUGAGUGGUUUGCAGAUGGUGCUAGUGAGUUUCUGAGAUUUAUAGAGCUUGGUGGCACACCACGCCGUCACAUGCCCUUCAACUCCCUCAUCAAGCACCUUUUUGCUGGCGAGGAACUACAUCAUAAAAUCGUUCGGGGAAACGAGUACCCUUUGUUUCUACUAUCGGUGGUGCCCUUCAGUACCGCAGAGCAUGGAAUAGAGGCAAGCCUGAUAUUUAUCCAGAAAGACAGCAAUGCACCGGAGAAUAACUUUUUCCUUAGUGUAAUGCUACAGCUUUCAGAAUCUACAGACAUUGUUGGGAUCACAAUUGAGUGCUUGAAGUUGUAUAGCCCUCAUUUCAAGUCUACAGUUGAAAUUAUUAAGAAAGAACUUACUCGACUACCUAUGCAGGACUUAUCAUGGGUGCCAUAUGUUGAUUCAUGUCAAAGAAAGCAUUGGGACAAUUUGCAUAGCUUUAGCAGUCAAUGGUUUCGCCCAAACCCAUUAUGUUGCAUGCAGCAUGAUCAGCACAAGCUUUGUCGUAGUACCAAGUUAGACACAUCAGGAUUACCAGGUGUUUCUCUAGAACCAAUUAUUGAAGUGAAUUUGCAGUGCCAAGUCUCGCUGUCUGAGUACAACAAACAGAGGACCUCAUUGUCUGAAUGCAAAACUUCUCUGCAAGAUUCUCCGCAUCUGAAAGCUGGACUCCUCUUUACGCCCCAUGGCUAUUUAGAAGACAUGGCUGCGGAUAGAAGUUCUGCAAUAGCAGUGACCUAUGGCAAGGAGCAACAUGGCUUGCGUACAGAGAGUACUUUGCGACAACUAGAAGAGAUCAUGCUGCCAAAGGCAGUAGAUUACUUCUGCCAGAACACCGAAGCAACGGUCUACCAAAUGCUUUGGAAGUCUAGACAUGGCUGUGUAUACAUUCAGGUUGAGAAGGAGACCAUGAGCACACGGAGAACUUUUGGGGGAGCUAGGAAAAGAAAGCUGUUUCAACGACAAGAUCAGAAGCUUGGAAAUGGGACAGAUGUGAUCUGUCACUUCCUCGACUUAUGGGCUGCACAUGUGCCCAUCCGGCUGCGAGGCUCGAUCGUGGACUGGAUUCGGAAAGAAAAAGGAAAGUGAGUUAGCAGCACCACCGCUCCACCUGAAUUCUGAAUCAUGCAUGUCACAUGGAUCGAUAAGGGAAACCGGGAGAAAUUGAAGAAUGGAAAUGGAAUGUUCUUGGGAACAGAUCAAAUAUCGGAGUUGCUAUUCAUGACUGAGGACAAAUCGGUUAGAACAUCAAAGUGUGGAUAUUCUCAAAGCAAGAAUUUUGGGUGAAAUGCUCGGAGUACAGGGGCAAUAGGAGCAAAGCUACAUCAUCAAGGUUGUCAGUUACAUACCAAUGAUCUGUGUCCUGUUGAUCGUAGUGAAGAAGUAUAUUUGUUCUACAUUAGGAAUUUGUGCAAGUGUAACACGCACUCUUUUUUUGUAGGUUCUUAAUGUGUUUUUCAUAUGGUGUUUUUUUUUCUCACCACCUGAUCAUAUGCUCGGAAUUACAUGGUUCUUUUUUACUGGAAAAAGUUACAUGGUUCUUUUUUACUGGAAAAAGUUACAUGGUUUUCUUUACUAUGAAUUAAUGUAGACUAUGUUUACUUA